ACGUCACGGCGGGGGCGGGGCGCGGGGGCGGCUGGAGCAUGGCGGCACCCUCGGCCCCGCGGCCGCCCCGGCCCCGCAAGGAGCCGCAGCCGCUCGUCAUCCCGCGGAGCGCCGCCGAGGAGCAGCGCCUCCGCCUCGAGCGGCUCAUGAGGAACCCGGAAAAGACUGUACCAAUUCCUGAAAAACUGAAUGAAUGGGCACCACGACCUCCCCCGGAGUUUGUUAGAGAUGUCAUGGGUUCCAGUGCUGGAGCUGGAAGUGGAGAGUUUCACGUGUACCGGCAUCUUCGUCGGCGAGAGUACCAGAGGCAAGAUUUCAUGGAUGCUAUGGCUGAGAAGCAAAGACUAGAUGAGGAAUUCCAGAAGAAACUGGAGAGGAAUAAGAUGAUUGCAGAAGAACAAACAGCAAAACGCAGAAGGAAGCGCCAGAAGUUAAAAGAGAAGAAACUGCAAGCUAAGAAAAAUAAACUGGAACAAAAGAAGCAGGAAAAAGAACCUGAUCAAUCUCAAGAGCGAGUCAGCAGCGAGGAUGAUGAAGAGGAUAGCAAGGAGGAGGAAGAGAAGGAAGAUGAUGCUGAAGAGCCAAGUUUUGUGAUGGGAAGAGGAUGAGGCCUUUCAGGGACAGCUGGAAACACUGUUCAUUGCUUUAUAUUCAGGAGCAUGAAAGUCUUUCAUCUCAGCCAAGCAGAACCCAUUGGCGUACGUUAUAUCUGCUUAACGGUGAAUGACCUUCACGUCACAGGCCCAAGAGAUAUUGAUAGAGAAAUGCCAAAUAAGAGAUUUUUUCUUAAUUGCUUGUAUAACUGCUGUGCAGUCUGCUCUAAGCUUGCUCUAAAGAGUCAGCCAUAAGACUCUGUGACCCUAGAGUUCUUUCUAACAUGGCCUGGAGUGGUUUUCUGCCUGAAAGCUAAAACAUAUCCAUUACCAUUUAAGGAAAAUCUUACUGUGAGGGCUAUGUAUUCUACUCAUGUCAAAGCUGGUAGCAGUGGGAUACAUGAAUCUAAGGGAAGAGUUCAACCUAAAGUAGAAAAGUGGUCUGUAGCCAGACCCUCCUGCACUGUGAGUGUUCUGAAUUUGGGGUUUUGUAUGGGGUCAUCUCUAACCCAAAGAAAUCAGUUUAUGUUGCUAGACAAGUUCUAUAGAUUUUUAAGCAGGAUCCCUUUUUUAUCGCUAAAACUUUCCCUAUUACUUUUCUUCCAUGUUUUUUAAAUUAAUAAAGCGGAUGUGUUGGAUUGUUCUGUCUUUUUUUUUUUAAGAGGAUUUCAGUAAAAUAAAGAGAUGCUUGCAGUGCUACAGGAAGGGACAAAGAGACCAAGUGAUGUGGCGCACAAGAAAAUGUUAGCUGCAUUUCAUUUACUUUUGCUUUUGAACAAUGUGUUUUCUAAAAGAUUAUGUCUGUAAAGCCUCUGAAUCCUGUGGCAGAAAGGCUUGGAACGGAAUGGUUUUGCUUGCGUUCAGCUUCAUGCAGUGACACUUGCCUUUCUCUCUGCUUUGAACUUUGGGUUCCCUGGUAGGAAUCCAUAUAUAUAAUUACUUAUCGGUGCUUGAAUGAAAAGCAUAUGCAGUAGUGGGUUUAUUUGUAACUUUGGUUGUUGUCUUUUCAAUGUAUCUUUAAUUAGAAGUGCCUGCUAUCUUUUAGACACGCUCAUCCCAGGACCUCAGCAUCCAGAAUGUGCUGCUACUUCUUCUCAAGCCUUUGUUAAUGCCAAAUUAUUUAAAGCAAAAAUAAAAAGGGAGAAUCUUUUCAGAUUUAGCCUUUGCACAGUGCUGCCAGAAAUCCUGCAUUUUGUCUGAGCUGGCUUUAUGUAAUGGCUUCUUGGUGGUAUUACUGUGGCGGCAGGGAAGCAGGUGUGAUAAGUGAGGUUUGUAUUUAGUUCCCUGUACGUACCCAAAGACUUUAGAGCUGAAUAACUUUGGAGCUGCAAGGUCCAUAUUCCCACCACCCCCCUGGUUAGACAUCUGCAUGGAAUUGUUUUCUGCUUAGUCUCCAUAGAGGCAGGUGCUUCAGAGUAAGUUGUGACAGUGUUUCAUGCUCUGACGCUUAAGAUGCAGAAAGGGUGUUCUGCAGUCCUUGGCAUUUUCCCUGUGGAGAGAUGAGUUAUGAGAAUUGCUUCACUUGAAUCCCCCUUAGGGCAGGUAAACCCCGUUGAUACGUCUGUGUUGUAGGAUGAGCCAUAAAAACUCAUGUUUGUGAUGUUUCUUAGCUUUUGCGGACGGAGAAGAAGCGUCUCACAAAUAAACAAAGACUGUUGGGCCUCUGAGCUUGUCAGGCUUUUGAGCUGAAUAAAUAAGUGCUGUUUUCAUUAAGUAGAGCAGAUGUUGCUGCAUGAGGACACGCUUACCUCAGUCAUGGGGAAGAUGGACUUGAGUUUGUGAAUGAAACAAAUUCAGGUUGUGUGGCCUCAUCCUGCCUCCUUACGACACCACUGUUACCCAUGCUGAAUUAUUCAUACUCUUUAUUUUCUAGGAAUGCUAAGUUUGUAGGUGAAAUCCAUAAAAAGCAAAGAGAAUGUGUUGCUGAAGGUGGUAUCUGCCUUACAGUCUUUCUUGCUGGGGUGGCUGAAUGUAGCAGUAGGAGCUGUACUUGGUAGGUGUUGCUAUGAAUUCUGAAAAAUACUAUGCCAUGUUGUGGUGGUUUGUAUUAGUACUAUGUCUUCCAGAAUACAAAGGCACUUCAGAGUGAGCGUUUGAAGGGAUGUUUCUUUGUGAAGACAAAAUGCAAGUACUCUCUGACCUCAAAAUGGGGAAAACAUCAUCCAUUGAGUAGACAAAGGGAAGUGCUCCCAUGUGUAGUAAAAUGAGGAACAAUUCUACAAUUGCUUCCUAUUCCAAAUAUGGCACCAAAAAAGCAGUAAUAAUGUAAAGGCUUUAAACUGCCAAGGACUUUGACCGGCUUACAUUAAGUUCUUGCUCUGGAUUCUUUUCUAGAGGAGUCCCUCUCCUUUCUUUGAUGGAGACUAAUCUUCAGGGGCUAAAGUUUGCUGCUGUUCCAUUUCUGCAUGUGUCCGUACAAGCGUGGGACCCUGAGAGACAGUGGUGUUAGUGCUGUGACCAAGCAGAGGUAUUCGUAAUCUCGGAGGUGAAAAGCAUACUCAGGAUAACAAAUGUAUUUGUCUUUUUAAUAAGCUUUUAGGAAUUCUUUUCCUUUGUCUUUUCCCUCCCCCAGGCAGAAGUGAGUUCAGGAAGACCUGUGUGAUAAAGCUGACCCAUUGUGCUGCCUUUCACCAUUUUCUUUAUCUCACUUUCAGGGAAGGAACUCCCUCCUCUUUCCCUUGAGUCUGUCCCUAUCCUUGCUCUGUUGAUGGGUUUAUAGAGGAUUUCCUGCCGAGUCAAUAGCGGAGGAACCAGGGAGAUAGUGGUCUGGCUUCCGUAGCCCUCCUGUACGCAGCGAGCCUCUUCUGUGCUUCAGCCAGAGGAUGUUGCAGUGGCGGAGGCAGAAGCCAGCGCUGCCUUUUGACUUAUGUAAGUGGUGGCUUUUUGCUGUGUAAUUAAUAAUUGUAAUAAAAGCACGUUUGCAUCCCA